ACUGGCAAGAAAUACACCACACCUUGACUGACUCUCGGGUGUGGCAAUUGUGUCCGCGUAAUUAUGAGUUCAGCAAAGCCAUAACGUUUACCUCUUUCACUGAAAAGUUACUGUACUUUUACAAAGACAUUGAAAAGCUUGUCGGCCCGUGAACCAAAUACCAUCAACAAGCAAAAGUGGCUCCUCAGUUGUAAUAGCUGUUUGGACUUGGUUUGCUGAUACUCUGACAUCAACUGUGUUCACCGCUACUAUCAGGAAACUUGCCACUGUGAACCUACACAGCAACAACAUGGAGCAAAGAGAUGAGGCGCAAGAAGAGGAGGAGGAGGAGGAGGAGAAGGACAUGCACAUUCCCAGGUCACCUCCCAGGAAUGCUCAUGGCACAAAUGAAGUCUUGGGGAACCCCACAUUAGCUGAUGAUGACAGACCAGACCCGCCCAGCAGCCUGGCUCUGAUGGAGCCCCGACCCAGGAAGAAACGCCUGAUGGCCCCUGCCCUAAGUCUGACACUGGAUCGCAGUGACUCGGCGGUGUCCGACGACUAUGCCCCUGCUGCCCUCAUUCCCUCCCCCGACGACGACGACCUGGGACUGGACUUCGACUUGGAUGCCAUGGAAACGCCCUCGGACAGCGAGUCCCUCCACUUUCCAGUGCACGAUAUGGAUUUGGAGGAUGAUCUGGGAGUGGCAUCAUGUUGCCAUAAGGCCCAUGGGUCAGUACCAGAGCAGAGAGGAGUGGGCUCUCUUGACCAAGACCAGGUGGACAGCCAGGGCACUAGAUGGCGCAGGUUCUGCAUGGGAGACCCUCCUCAGGAGAUUCUGGUCAACAUGUGUGUACUGGAGCCUUACCUUCAAGUCUUGUCCCAUGGGGGUUACUAUGGAGAUGGGUCUAAUGACAUCAUUGUGUUCUCUUCCUGCUAUCUCCCUGAAAACACCAUGGAGAACUACCACUAUGUCAUGGACAACCUAUUCAGGUACAUUGUGGGAACGUUGGACCUGAUGGUGGCGGAGAACUACGUCAUUGUGUACCUGUGUGCCAUGGCCCAGCGCAACAAGCUCCCCGGCAUUGGCUGGCUCAGAGAGUGUUAUACCACCAUUGACAGAAGGUUGAGGAAGAGUCUGAAAGCUCUAUACAUUGUCCACCCAACCUGGUACAUCAAGGCCCUGAUCACCAUCAUCAAGCCCUUCAUCAGCUCCAAAUUCAGUCGGAAGCUUCAGUUUAUCGACAGAUUUCGGGAGCUGUCCCAGCACAUCCCUAUUGAGCGUGUGCAGAUCCCCGACUGUGUCAGACAGUUUGACGAGAACAUGGACAGGUGACACGUUCAGAAUGGUGAUCUGGAACACAGUGUAAGGUUAGGUACAUGAAGCCAAAAAAGUGGACUAAAAAGGCUGAAAUCUGGCAACCCAUGACUUUGAUACUGAGGAUGAACCGGGCUGCCCAAUCUGAUAUCUGUUGUCCUAUGAGAUAACUUUAGUCAUACAUCACUUGGCAAAGUAUCUACUGAAGGACCACAAGUAGAUGCACUGUGCACAAAAACUUUAUGAACACCUGCUCUUUCCAUGACAUACUGUCAACUGACCAGGUGAAAGCUAUGGUCCAUUAUUGAUGUCACUUAUUAAAUACACUUCAAUCAAUGUAGAUGAAGGGGAAUAAACAGGUUAAAGAAGGAUUUGGGCAAGACAAAAGAUUAAAGUGCCAGGCGCACCCGUUUGUGUCAAGAACUGCAAUGCUGCAGAGUCAUUGUCAUUCUCAACUGUGUCUUUUGUGUUUCAAGAAUGGUCCACCACCCAAAGGGCAUCCAGCCAACUUGACACAACUGUGGGAAGCAUUGGAGUCAACAUGAGCCAGCAUCCCUGUGGAACGUUCGACACCUUGUAGAGUCCAUGCCCUGACAAAUUGAGGCUGUUCUGAGGGCAAUGUGAGGGUGCAACUCAAUAUUAGGAUGGUGUUCUUAAUGUUUUGUACACUCAGUUGUAAGUACAAUGUAACAAUGUAUACAUACACUAAUUAUUACAUUACUAUCUACCAUGUAUAGUGGCGACCCGUCAUUCAGGGCAAGUGGAGCAGAGCCCCACCUGUUUUGAGCACAACAUUUUUGGGGCUUUCCUGUUCUGCAUGUUAUGGCGUUAAUACUUGUCACGUAUCAGUUUGCAAACAACGUAAAAAACAAUAUCAUUGAGUUAAUAAAGCCGCAUACAAACAUG